AUGAGCGACGAGAGCCGCGGGGACGGGCGCGCUGAGAGCGCCCGGGACCUGGAGAAGCAGCUCCGCCUGCGCGUGUGCGUGCUCAGCGAGCUGCAGAAGACCGAGCGCGACUACGUGGGCACGCUGGAGUUCCUGGUGUCGGCAUUCUUACACCGGAUGAACCAGUGCGCUGCAUCGAAACUUGACAAAAAUGUAACAGAAGAAACGGUGAAGAUGCUGUUCUCAAACAUUGAAGAUAUCCUUGCAGUCCAUAGAGAAUUCUUAAAAGUCGUGGAAGAAUGCUUACAUCCAGAACCUAAUGCUCAGCAAGAAGUGGGAACCUGCUUUCUUCACUUUAAAGACAAGUUUCGUAUCUACGACGAAUAUUGUAGUAAUCACGAGAAGGCACAGAAAUUGCUUUUUGAACUUAACAAAAUAAGAACAAUUCGGACAUUUCUUUUGAACUGCAUGCUACUUGGAGGACGGAAGAACACAGAUGUCCCCCUGGAAGGAUACUUAGUAACACCAAUACAAAGAAUAUGCAAGUACCCUCUCCUUUUGAAGGAGUUGCUGAAGCGGACUCCAAGGAAACACAGUGACUAUGCAGCAGUGAUGGAAGCCCUCCAAGCCAUGAAAGCCGUCUGUUCCAACAUCAACGAGGCCAAGAGACAGAUGGAGAAGUUGGAAGUUUUAGAGGAGUGGCAGUCUCACAUUGAAGGCUGGGAGGGGUCCAACAUAACCGACACCUGUACUGAAAUGCUCAUGUGUGGAGUCUUAUUAAAAAUUUCUUCUGGAAAUAUUCAAGAACGGGUGUUUUUUCUUUUCGAUAACCUUUUGGUGUAUUGCAAACGAAAACACAGACGGUUGAAGAAUAGCAAAGCAUCUACCGAUGGACAUCGGUACGUUUUUCGUGGACGGAUCAAUACAGAGGUGAUGGAAGUGGAGAAUGUGGAUGAUGGCACAGCUGACUUCCACAGCAGUGGACACAUUGUUGUUAAUGGGUGGAAGAUACAUAACACAGCCAAAAAUAAAUGGUUUGUGUGUAUGGCAAAAACACCUGAAGAGAAACAUGAAUGGUUUCAAGCUAUUUUGAAAGAAAGAGAACGGCGGAAAGGUUUAAAAUUAGGAAUGGAGCAAGACACCUGGGUAAUGAUCUCUGAACAGGGUGAGAAACUUUAUAAAAUGAUGUGCAAACAAGGAAAUCUGAUCAAAGACAGAAAAAGAAAACUGACUACGUUCCCUAAAUGCUUUCUUGGAAGUGAAUUUGUGUCAUGGCUGUUGGAAAUUGGAGAGAUUCACAGGCCUGAGGAAGGUGUUCACUUGGGACAAGCAUUGUUAGAAAAUGGAAUCAUCCAUCAUGUUACGGAUAAACAUCAAUUCAAACCAGAACAGAUGUUAUAUAGAUUUCGCUAUGAUGAUGGAACCUUUUAUCCAAGAAAUGAGAUGCAGGAUGUGAUUUCGAAGGGCGUACGAUUAUAUUGCCGUCUUCAUAGCCUAUUUACUCCAGUGAUAAGAGAUAAAGAUUACCACUUAAGAACCUACAAAUCUGUGGUUAUGGCCAACAAGCUGAUAGACUGGUUAAUUGCACAGGGGGAUUGCCGCACCAGAGAAGAGGCAAUGAUAUUUGGCGUUGGACUCUGUGACAAUGGAUUUAUGCACCAUGUCCUUGAAAAAAGUGAAUUCAAAGACGAACCCUUACUUUUCCGCUUUUUUGCUGAUGAGGAAAUGGAAGGAUCAAACAUGAAACAUCGACUGAUGAAACAUGAUUUAAAAGUUGUAGAAAAUGUUAUAGCCAGAUCAUUAUUGAUUAAAUCCAAUGAAGGCAGCUAUGGUUUUGGGUUAGAAGACAAAAAUAAAGUUCCAAUAAUAAAGUUGGUAGAAAAGGGGUCUAAUGCUGAGAUGGCUGGCAUGGAAGUUGGGAAAAAGAUUUUUGCUAUUAAUGGUGACCUAGUUUUUAUGAGACCUUUCAAUGAAGUGGAUUGCUUCCUGAAAUCAUGCUUAAAUAGCAGAAAACCUCUAAGAGUUCUUGUGAGCACAAAGCCAAGAGAGACAGUGAAAAUCCCAGAUUCAGCAGAGGGGCUUGGCUUCCAGAUCCGAGGAUACGGCCCUUCGGUGGUGCAUGCGGUGGGAAGAGGAACUGUGGCCGCAGCCGCUGGUCUUCACCCUGGACAGUGUAUCAUCAAAGUAAAUGGAAUCAAUGUCAGCAAAGAGACACACGCCAGUGUUAUUGCCCAUGUCACGGCCUGCCGGAAGUACAGGAGACCAACGAAGCAAGAUUCCAUUCAGUGGGUUUAUAACAGCAUUGAGAGCGCUCAGGAAGACCUUCAGAAGUCUAACUCCAAACCCCCAGGAGAUGAAGCAGGGGAUGCUUUUGACUGUAAGGUAGAAGAGGUAAUUGACAAGUUCAACACCAUGGCCAUCAUCGACGGGAAGAAGGAGCACGUGAGUCUGACGGUGGAUAACGUCCACCUAGAAUAUGGCGUCGUGUACGAGUACGACAGCACCGCUGGGAUCAAGUGCAACGUGGUGGAGAAGAUGAUCGAGCCCAAAGGUUUCUUCAGCCUCACUGCCAAGAUUCUUGAAGCCCUGGCUAAAAGCGAUGAUCAUUUUGUACAAAACUGCACCAGCCUUAACUCUUUGAACGAGGUGAUUCCUACUGACCUUCAGAGUAAAUUCAGUGCUGUUUGCAAUGAAAAAAUUGAGCGCAUAUGUCAGAGAAUAUCCAGUUAUAAAAAGUUUUCUCGUGUACUAAAGAAUAGAGCCUGGCCCACCUUUAAACAGGCCAAAUCUAAAAUCUCCCCACUGCACAGCAGUGAUUUCUGCCCCACCAACUGCCAUGUCAAUGUGAUGGAAGUUUCUUAUCCCAAGACAUCAGCGUACCUGGGGAGUGCAUUUGGUGUUCAGUUGGAUAGCAGGAAGCAUAAUUCUCACGAUAAAGAAAAUAAAUCGGAACAAGGAAAACUAAGCCCUAUGGUGUACAUUCAACAUACGAUUACAACCAUGGCGGCCCCUUCAGGUCUGUCUCUGGGGCAGCAAGAUGGGCACGGUCUCCGGUAUUUGUUGAAAGAAGACGACUUAGAAACCCAAGAUAUCUAUCAGAAACUGCUGGGCAAACUUCAGACUGCACUGAAGGAGGUGGAGAUGUGUGUUUGUCAAACAGAUGACCUUCUGUCUUCAAUAACAUAUUCUCCUAAAUUAGAACGUAAGGCAUCAGAGUCCAUAGUCCCAACAGACAGUGACAACGAGAAGGGAGAGAGAAACAGCAAACGUGUCUGUUUUAACGUGGCAGGCGAUGAGCAGGAAGAUUCAGGUCACGACACCAUCAGCAACAGAGACUCUUACAGCGACUGCAACAGCAAUAGGAAUUCCGUCACCUCCUUCACCAGCAUCUGCAGCAGCCAGUGCAGCUCGUAUUUUCACAGCGAUGAAAUGGACUCAGGUGAUGAGCUUCCCCUAAAUGUUCGCAUUUCUCGUGAUAAACAGGACAAGAUACACAGUUGCCUUGAGCAUCUUUUCAGCCAGGUGGAUUCCAUUACUAAUCUCCUGAAAGGCCAAGCUGUUGUGAGGGCCUUUGAGCAAACCAAGUACCUGACACCAGGUCGAGGGUUACAAGAGUUUCAGCAGGAAAUGGAACCAAAGCUGAGUUGUCCAAAAAGGUUAAGGCUUCACAUCAAGCAGGAUCCUUGGAAUCUUCCCAGCAGCGUCCGGAAUCUUGCUCAGAACAUCCGAAAAUUUGUUGAAGAGGUAAAGUGUAGGAUACUCCUGGCUCUUCUUGAAUAUUCAGACAGUGAGACACAGCUCCGAAGAGACAUGGUUUUCUGCCAGAGUCUCGUGGCCACAGUCUGUGCCUUCUCCGAGCAGCUCAUGGCCGCCUUAAACCAGAUGUUUGACAACAGCAAGGAAAAUGAGAUGGAAACUUGGGAAGCCAGCAGAAGGUGGCUGGACCAGAUAGCGAAUGCAGGAGUUCUUUUUCACUUUCAGUCACUUCUGUCACCAAACUUGACAGAUGAACAAGCCAUGCUAGAAGAUACACUGGUUGCACUAUUUGAUUUGGAAAAGGUUUCUUUUUACUUUAAACCAUCAGAAGAGGAACCACUGGUUGCAAAUGUUCCUCUUACUUAUCAAGCUGAAGGAAGCCGGCAAGCUCUGAAAGUUUACUUCUACAUCGAUAGUUAUCAUUUUGAACAACUGCCUCAAAGGUUGAAAAACGGAGGAGGGUUUAAAAUUCAUCCUGUUCUUUUUGCACAAGCACUGGAGAGCAUGGAAGGAUAUUAUUAUAGAGACAAUGUUUUGGUGGAAGAAUUUCAAGCCCAAAUAAAUGCAGCCUCCCUGGAAAAGGUCAAGCAGUACAACCAGAAGCUCAGGGCAUUCUACUUGGACAAGUCAAAUUCACCACCAAACUCCACAUCCAAAGCUGCUUAUGUAGAUAAGCUCAUGAGGCCUCUCAACGUUUUGGAUGAACUGUAUCGACUGGUAGCCUCGUUUAUCAGAUCCAAGCGCACAGCUGCCUGUGCGAACACGGCUUGCAGUGCCUCCGGUGUCGGGCUACUGUCGGUGUCCUCGGAGCUGUGCAGUAGGCUGGGGGCCUGCCACGUCAUCAUGUGCAACAGCGGCGUGCAUCGGUGCACCUUGAGCGUGACCCUGGAGCAGGCCAUCAUUCUGGCCAGAAGCCACGGACUGCCUCCUUGCUACAUCAUGCAGGCUACAGAUGUGAUGCGGAAGCAGGGAGCAAGAGUUCAGAACACAGCAAAGAAUUUGGGAGUCAGGGACCGGACCCCACAGUCUGCUCCCAGGCUGUACAAGCUGUGCGAGCCUCCUCCCCCAGUUGGAGAAGAAUGAGGAGAAUCUCCAAGGAACCAGGCAAGCAGAAGCUUCUGAACACUGGACUAGACAAAGGAUGUGCUGGCUAAACAUUCUCCACUCAACAUAAAAAAAUGGAUUUUUUUCUCUUGGUCUUUCAUCAUGGUGUAAAUAACUAAUGUUCAGCUUGCACUUAGAUAUUUGUGCUGGAAAUGGAUGGAAGUCCAUUCAGACAACCCAGCUUCACAAACCGAUCUUUCAUGUGUGUUAAUGUGAAUUAUCCAUCCCUGGAGAUUACAUAAAAAAGUGUCAGAGAUAAAACAUUAACCAUUGUGCCUCCU